AUGUCUUCGGUAGCAAAAACAGCUGCUUCAAAGAUUAACUGGUCUACGAUAAUCCCCCAAUUGGGAUUGGCUGGAAAGACAGCCACUUCAUUGGCUGCAUUCAAGAAGAGAAAUGAUGAGGCCAAGAGUGUUUUGUAUGAGUUGAAGCACAGUCCAACCACUGUUGACUUUGAAUUUUACAAGGGUAAAUUGCACAACUCUCAAAUUGUUUCCAAGAUCGAGUCUGACGUGGACAAAUUCAGUGCUUCUAAGCCUGAUUUAAGUAAGCAAUUGAACCUUAUUAGUACUUUCGAGGCUAAGGCUGUUGAGAACGCCAAGGAGACUGAGUCUCUUGUGCUAAAGGAGUUGACGAAUCUUGAAAGAACUCUAGAGAAUAUUGAAACUGCUAGGCCAUUUGAGGAGUUGACGGUCGAAGAUGUCGUCCAGGCUAGACCUGAUGUCGAGGAUAAGGUCCAGUCUAUGUUGGACAAGGGUAAGUUCGAGGUUCCAGGUUACAAGGAGAGAUUUGGAAGUAUGGUUAUUAUGUAG